AUGUCCGCCCCAGCUCGCUCACCCCAGCAUGGUAUCGGAAAAGCCCAUAUCCACGCAUUCGGACCCCAUGCGCAUUUUAAUCAACUUUCGUACACAUACCCGCUACGACUUCUCGCUCCAACGGUUCCGUUUGCGGGUGAUGGCCAGGUUCCUGUAGGUGUGGCGUAUAUGCUUUCGUACGGAGGGGGGAUUGAGCUAGAGGUAAAGGUUGAACAAAGCGUUGGGUUGGUUUUCCUUACCCAAGGCUCGACAAAAGUGUUCAAAUCAAGGAUGGGUGCAGAUCGAUAUCGACAAAGCUCUUCGACUUCAUCAGACACUACAACGCAAUACCUAACAGCAUCACUCGCGUCUUCCAAUAUUUUCGUCCUCCUCCCCGACCCAAUUACAUGCUUCCAAUCCGCAUCUUAUACACAAGUUCAAACUUUUCAUUUGUCCCCUUCUUCUUCUCUUGUCUUGCUCGACUGGUUUACCUCCGGUCGUAUGGCUCGAGGAGAAGAAUGGGUAUUCGAGCGGUAUUACAGCAGGAACGAGAUUUGGAUCGAUGGGAAAAGGGUAGCAAGAGACGUCAUGCUGCUGACGCAAGAACAAGAAUCUGGGGUUCUGAAAAAGAGAACACUUAAAGAACGACUCUCACCCUAUGCAUGCUAUGCAACACUAUUUCUUAUUGGCACACUCGUCUACCCAGUCGUUCAGUCCCUCCAAACAAGUUAUGGGAGUAUCUCUCAACGACAACGAACUGGUCCAGAAGACUUGAUUUGGUCGUUGAGUCCACUGGUGGAUGGUGAUGGUGUAUGUGUACGAAUAGCAGGGAAAGAAACCGAACUCGUUCGGGAGUGGUUGAAAGUUAGCAUCUGGACCGUGUCAGGAAUGAGUACCCUGGUAUACCACCACGGAGAUGGGAUGAUGAAGAGCAUUUUCAUUCUCGGUGCGCAUAUUCAGCUCCGUCACGGACCACACAACUUAUUUCCCCAAAGCUACAAUGUAGCCCCACAAACCAAUAUCCCGGUUAUUAUGCAGGAACCGAAUGGACAAGGCCAACAGGAGAUGAUCAGAUGGGGAAUCCAGGCCAGGUGGUGCGAUCCCAAUAGUUUUUCCUCUAAGAAUCCAAUCAACGCGCGCUCAGAAGUUGUCCUCGACGGGUCGGUAGCCAUUUGGAAGACCGUACGGGGAAGUAAACACUGCAUUGUUGUUUGCGACGGGUACUAUGAGUGGCUAAAACGGGGUUCAUCCAAAACGCCCUACUACGUAAAACAUCCACAAGACCACCUUCUCCUUCUGGCAGGAUUUUACGAGAUCGUUCGAGGGACAGACCCUCCCAAGACUACGUACACUUGUACGAUCCUUACUACUGAGCCCAACUCCCAGCUCUCAUUCUUGCAUGAUCGGAUGCCAAUUAUCUUGAGCGGAGAGCAAGCUUUAAGGUGGCUAGAUGUUGGCAAAGGCUGGCAACCCGAAUUAUUGGAGGAGCUGAGAAAACCAUAUACUGAGAAACUUGUUUACUACGAAGUUCCGUCAGGAGUUGGUAAGGCUGGAGCCGAAGAUCCGUCAUUUGUCGAACCAAUUGCGGAAAGAAAGGAUGGGUUGAAAGCUAUGAUGAGUCGAAUGGUCCAGAAGCAGGACAAGAAGCAGGCGCCAAAGCUCGAGCCAUCAGAGAUAGUUUUAGAUUAUCCAGAAGUCAAGGAAGAAGAUCCCAAAGUGAAAGUAGAAUUAGCUCAGAGCAAAACUGUCAAGAAAGAACCUUUCAUGAAGCGCGAACUGGAAGAAAUAGUGUUAGAUGAUGACUCGGACAUUGAAGAGGACACUACGAGGACUAAAUCCGAGCCUAAAUCAUCUCCCAAGUCAUCUCCUGUCAAGCGGCGCGCGCCAUCCAAACGAGGUUCUUCUCCGAUCGAGAUCGACGUGAGCUCGGGAUCUGAAGGUGAAGACAAUCGCAUCGAUACUGAGAGAAAGAGACGAAAAGUAGAUGGAGGAUCUUCGCCUCUUGCUGGGGAUCAGAAGCCUUCGAGACCUGUGCGGUCCCCAAACAAAAAGACAAUUAUGGACUUCUUUGGAAAGAAGUAG